AGUCGAUCUGCUCUUGAGGACGAUGAAGCUGGACAUGCCGGCUGAACAUCUGCAGACCACUUGUCAGAUGAAACUUAAAUCCCAGCUGACGAAGAGGUUCCAGUGUGUGUUUGAGGGGAUCGGUGAAGCAGGAAACUCAACCCGACUCAGUCAGAUCUACACGGAGCUCUACGUCACAGAGGGAGGGGCUUCAGACGAGGAACACGAGGUCAGACAGAUCGAAACCGCAUCCAGGAAAACAUAUGCGGAAGAAAUGGUAGUUGCGCGAGAGGACAUCUUUAAAACUCCACCCGAAAGAGAUAAAUCAAUCAGAACGGUGAUGACGAAGGGAGUGGCCGGCAUCGGGAAAACAAUCUUAACUCAGAAGUUCAGUCUGGACUGGGCUGAAGGCAGAACCAACCAGGACAUCCAGUUCCUGCUUCCAUUCACCUUCAGACAGCUGAAUGUGCUGAGAGAGGAGAAGUUCAGCUUGGUGGGACUCGUCCAUCACCUCUUUUCUGAAACCAAAGGAAUCUGCAGCUUUGAAGAGUUCCAGGUCGUGUUCAUCUUUGACGGUCUGGAUGAGUGUCGACUUCCUCUGGACUUCCACAACAAUGAGGUCCUGACAGACGUAUCAAUGUCCACCUCGGUGGACGUGCUGCUGACAAACCUCAUCAGGGGGAACCUGCUUCCUUCUGCUCGUCUCUGGAUCACCACACGACCCGCAGCAGCCAUUCAGAUCCCUCCUGAGUGUGUUGACAUGGUGACAGAAGUCAGAGGGUUCGCUGACCCCCAGAAGGAGGAAUACUUCAGGAAGAGGUUCAGAGAUGAGGAGGAGGCUAAAACGGUCAUCUCCCACAUCAAGACAUCACGGAGCCUCCACAUCAUGUGCCACAUCCCAGUCUUCUGCUGGAUCACUGCUACGGUCCUGGAGAACGUCCUGGAAACCAGAGAGGGAGGGGGGCUGCCCAAGACCCUGACUGAGAUGUACAUCCACUUCCUGGUGGUCCAGACCAAAGUAAAGGUGGUCAAGUAUGAUGGAGGGUGUGGGAUGGAUCCACACUGGAGUCCAGAGAACAGGAGGAUGGUGGAGUCUCUGGGAAAACUGGCUUUUGAGCAGUUGCAGAAAGGAAACCUGAUCUUUUAUGAACCAGACCUGAGAGAGUGUGGCAUCGAUGUCAGAGCAGCCUCAAAGUACUCAGGAGUCUUCACAGAGAUCUUCAAAGAGGAGAAAGGACUGUACCAGGACCAGGUCUUCUGCUUCAUCCACCUGAGUGUCCAGGAGUUUCUGGCUGCUCUUCAUGUCCAUCUGACCUUCAUCAGCUCUGGAGUCAACCUGUUCAAGGAAAAACAAACCCUCUUAAAGUUGUCUAACUUAUUCACCAAACCAAACAUUACAGACCUUCACAUCAGUGCCGUGAACAAGGCUUUAGAGAGUCCAAACGGACACCUGGACCUGUUCCUCCGCUUCCUCCUGGGCCUCUCACUGGACACCAAUCAGAAACUCCUACAAGGCCUGACGACACAGACAGGAAGUAGCUCACAGACCAAUCAGAAAACAGUCCAGUACAUGAAGGAGAAGAUCAAUGAACAUGUGUCUGCGGAGAGGAGCAUCAAUCUGCUCCACUGUCUGAAUGAGCUGAACGAUGGUUCCCUGGUGGAGGAGAUCCAGCAGUACCUGGCGUCCCAGAGUCUCUCAGACAAACUGUCUCCUGCUCAGUGGUCGGCUCUGGCCUUCAUCCUACUGUCGUCAGAAGAUCUGGCCGUGUUCGACCUGCAGAAAUACUCAGUUUCAGAGAAGGCUUUUCUGAGGCUGCUGCCGGUGGUUCGAGUCUCCAGAAAGGUUCUGCUGAGCUUCUGUACUCUGGCGGAGAGGAGUUUUGAAGCUCUGUCCUCGGUCCUCAGCUCUCAGUCCUCCAGUCUGCAAGAUCUGGACCUGAGUAACAACAACCUGCAGGAUUCAGGACUGGAGCUCCUGUCGGCCGGUCUGGGAAGUCCACACUGCAAACUGGAAACUCUCAGGUUGAGAGGCUGUUUCCCCUCAGACAGAAGUCUCCACGGUCUCCGUGGCGUCCAGUCCUCCCGUCUGAGAGAGCUGGACCUGAGCAACAACAACCUGCAGGAUUCAGGAGCCGAGCUGCUGUCGGCCGCUCUGACGAGUCCUCAGAGUCACCUGGAAACUCUCAGAUUAAGUGUGUGUAACCUCUCGGAGAAAAGCUGUGCAGCUCUGUCGUCGGUGUUCAGCUCCUCUCAGCUGAGAGAUGUGGACCUGAGUAACAACGACCUGCAGGACGGAGGCGUGAAGCUCCUGUCGGCUGGUCUGGACUCGCCCGCGUGUAAACUGGAAACUCUCAGGCUGUCUGGGUGUUUGGUGACGGAGGACGGCUGCAGCUCUCUGGCUUCAGCUCUGAGCUCCAGCCGCCUGAGAGAGCUGGACCUGAGCUACAACCAUCCCGGAGACUCGGGAGUGAAGCUUCUGUCUGCUAAGCUGCAGGAUCCAGACUGCAGACUGGACACUCUCAGAGUGGAGCCUGCUGGAGUCCAGUGGUUGAAACCAGGGUUGAGGAAAUAUUCCUGUGAAAUCACAGUCGACACAAACACAGUCAACAAAAACCUGAAACUGUGCGACGGCGGCAGGAAGGUGACGUACGUGGAGGCGGAGCGGUCGUAUCCCGAGCACCCGGACCGGUUCCACCAGAACCACCAGGUUCUGUGUGCGGACGAGCUGACGGGUCGCUGCUACUGGGAGGCGGAGCUGACGGGAGGAGUUCACGUCUCGCUGAGCUCCAGGAGAAUCCGGAGGAGAGGAGAGACCAACGACGGCUGGUUCGGAGGAAACGACCACUCCUGGAGUCUGUUCUUCUCUGACGGCGGUUUCACCGUCUGGCACAACAAGAGAGGAGUACCCAUCCCCUCCUCCUCCUCCUCCUCCUCCUCCUCCUCCUCCUCCUCCUCCUCCUCCUCCUCCUCCUCCUCCUCCUCCUCCUCAGCCUCCAGCAGAGUUGCAGUCUACGUGGACCGUCCUGCCGGCACUCUGUCCUUCUUCAGAGUGUCCUUGGACUCACUGAUCCACCUCCACACCUUCAGCACCGCCUUCACGGAACCUCUUCAUGCCGGGUUUGGGUUGUGGACCUGGUCCGGCUCCCCUGCUGCUUCCUCGGUGCGUCUGUGUUCCCCGUAGGAGCGAGUUCUCCUCGCGCCAGGAACCGUCUCCACAGUUCUCAGCGUGCACGUCAGUCGUACCUCAUUAAUCCCUCAGGGAAAAUAUUAUUAUUUAUCUAAGACUAUUUGAGUGUUUAUCCGUAAGCUUCUAGUGGUGGUAAAAUCUGUCUCCAGCUCUUCAGUCUCGUACAUUGUUGUAUCAAGAAUGUACUCUUUGGUUUAUUACGUGCAGUCAGCUCCCGGCACAGAGCUGGCUGCUUUCCAUUCAUUUUUUUUUUUAUUAUUAUAAGAGACGUUUAUUGUAAGAGGUGGGAUCGAGACCUUGUCUUGUUUCUAACAUUUACAGAGGUUUUUCAGAUUUAGAGGAUUAAAAAAAAUGAUCUAAACUUUGACGAGCUGGAAGCUUCACGGUCAGUUCGCUUACAGGGACAACAUCUGGUCACAUUAUGAUAUAAACAAAGUAGAUCAGAUCCCGAACAAAAGCAACAACCUCCCCGACUACGGCAGAACACCGUGGAAACUUAAGAGAGUUUCAUCGUUUACAAGGAAAGUUGCAUGGUGUAGCUGUGAUUAACAUGGCGUACUGGGACAUUCAUGAUUUCACUUCCUUUAUGACUACCUUAUGACCUUUCAAGAACGCACAAUGGAGCAGAAUCGCUUCUUCAAUUUGUUUUAGGUAAUUCACAGGAGUGUAGCUACAAAGUAGCGAGAACAAACCAUCUUUCUUACUGAAUAUUUAUUCGUUUAUGUAGAGAUUAUAUAGAUUAUAAGUAAUUAAAAAAAAGCCAUUCUGGUCAUUCUAUGUCUUCGGAGGCAUCACUUACAGUAACGAACUAAAACUAGGCUUUUAAACUUUACAAUGUGAAUGGACAACAAACAAAAACACCCGAGCACAGUGUGCUUGUUUGAUGAGAGCGAUUUAAAAGAGACAAAGAGGCAACGGACUCCAAACUUCCAGGGAUUCAAAAUGAACCAAGGGUAUGAAAUUAUUGUCUUCAUCAUCACUGUCUUGCCAGAAGCUGCCUGCCAAUCAAGCACAUUCACCAGAAAAAAAACAGAACAGACACAAAAGGCAAAUGGAUUACACGUAUGCUCUAUUUCUUCCCAAUUUCUUAUCACGGGGUUUACUGCAGGGGUGAGUUCACUGCCCCGAGGCCACUGUGUGCUGGGCUUCAGCGCAGACGCAGGCCAACCCAGUCUUUGUUGUGUACUUACUAUUUUGUGUGAAUUUUUCAACACUCUAGGAUGAUGUUUUUGUAGUUUAUGGAUCUAAAAUCUCUCAACAGAGCUUUUAACGGAUUGUGAUUUUGUGUUGGUCUUCCUUCACUCCUGUG